AUGGCGAAUCCACAGCUACGCUCUGCGAAAGACCUCUUUGAGGAUAUGGGCGCAAAAGUCGCCUCCGCUUCACAAAACAUCGGCGACGACGAAACCAAGGUCGUAGAUGAGAUCGAAUCUCUGUGCAUGAACUGCCAUGAGGACGGCAUCACGAAACUUCUUCUCACACGAAUACCUUUUUUCCGCGAGAUCAUCAUCAUGUCCUUUGAGUGCCCGCACUGUGGGCUACGAAACUCGGAGGUCCAGCCAGCUGGCGAAAUUCAACAACAAGGCCACAAGUACAUAUUCAAGCCAGACACACAAGAGGACUUGAACAGGCAAAUCGUCAAGAGCGACACGUGUAUCUUCAGGGUUGAGGAUAUGGACUUGGAGAUCCCUCCUGGUCGGGGCCAGUUGACCAACAUCGAAGGCAUACUUAGCAUGAUUGCUCAGGAUCUGGAAGAGGGCCAAGAAGAUCGUAAGGGGGUGGCACCAGCCAUGUUUGAGCGCAUCAACGAGAUCAUUGUUGAUCUCAAGGCCAUGGCUGCCGGCGAGAAGCUGCCUUUCACAAUCUCGAUCGAUGACCCCGCAGGCAACUCUUGGAUCGAGCCGUCUACAUCAGACAAGUCAGGAAAAUACGUUCGCCGCGACUACAACCGCACGCCUGCACAGAACGAGGCUCUUGGUCUCGGAUCGGGCGAUCAGUCUGCUCCAGCCAACGCUAAUGGUGAGGUCAACGGCGUAUCAAUGCGUCCGGAAUAUCACCCACAAGCCAUGUAUCCCCCCAUGCCAACCGACACAACACAACUCGACCAAGAUACAGUGGACGACGACAUCGUCGAGAACCAGGUUUAUUCCUUCCCCGCCACUUGCCCGGGCUGUACAAAACCGUGCGCGACCAACAUGAAGAUGGUGAACAUUCCGCACUUCAAGCAAGUCGUCCUGAUGUCCACCGUCUGCGACCACUGCGGCUACCGCAGCAACGAGGUCAAGACGGGCGGCGAAAUACCCGAAAAGGGACGAAGGAUCACGGUGAGCGUGAAGACGAAGGAGGACCUGUCGCGGGACAUCCUGAAGAGCGAGAGCUGCGCGAUGAAAUGCCCGGAACUGGAAUUAUCCGUCGAGCCUGGUACCCUCGGCGGCCGAUUCACCACCAUCGAAGGCUUAUUGACCCAGGUACGUGAUGACCUGAAGUCCAGCAUCUUCGACGCCGAUGCCGGAGGCGGAGACUCCAUGCCUGUGGACGAGAAGACAAGGUGGGAUGCGUUUUUUGGAAAGCUGGACAGCGCUAUCGACGGCGACGUGCCGUUCUCUAUCAUGCUGCAGGAUCCUCUUGCAAGCAGCUACGUCCAGAGCUUCACGGCGCCGGAACCGGAUCCGCAGAUUGCUGUUGAGGAUUAUGAGAGGACGGAGGAAGAGGAGGAAGACCUGGGCUUGAAAGAUAUCAAGGUCGAAGGGUACGAGGAGCCGACGGAUGAAAUGGACAAGGCCAAGAGGUUCCUUGAAAAGACCACUGGCGCGCACUUGGACGGUGACAAGAGUGGUGCAAAAGCUACUUCAUGA